AUGAUAUACUCUGCCAGGAACCCCGACAGGAACCCCGCCAGGAACCCCGCCAGGAACCCCGCCAGGAACCCCACCAGGAACCCCGCCAGGAACCCCGCCAGGAACCCCACCAGGAACCCCGCCAGGAACCCCACCAGUAACCCCGCCAGGAACCCCGCCAGGAACCCCGCCAGGAACCCCGCCAGGAACCCCCCCAGGAACCCCGCCAGGAACCCCACCAGGAACCCCGCCAGGAACCCCACCAGGAACCCCGCCAGGAACCCCGCCAGGAACCCCGCCAGGAACCCCACCAGGAACCCCACCAGGAACCCCACCAGGAACCCCGCCAGGAACCCCGCCAGGAACCCCACCAGGAACCCCACCAGGAACCCCGCCAGGAACCCCACCAGGAACCCCGCCAGGAACCCCGCCAGGAACCCCGCCAGGAACCCCACCAGGAACCCCGCCAGGAACCCCACCAGGAACCCCGCCAGGAACCACACCAGGAACCCCGCCAGGAACCCCACCAGGAACCCCGCCAGGAACCCCGCCAGGAACCCCACCAGGAACCCCACCAGGAACCCCGCCAGGAACCCCACCAGGAACCCCGCCAGGAACCCCGCCAGGAACCCCGCCAGGAACCCCACCAGGAACCCCGCCAGGAACCCCGCCAGGAACCCCGCCAGGAACCCCACCAGGAACCCCACCAGGAACCCCGCCAGGAACCCCGCCAGGAACCCCACCAGGAACCCCACCAGGAACCCCACCAGGAACCCCGCCAGGAACCCCACCAGGAACCCCGCCAGGAACCCCACCAGGAACCCCGCCAGGAACCCCGCCAGGAACCCCACCAGGAACUCCACCAGGAACCCCACCAGGAACCCCGCCAGGAACCCCACCAGGAACCCCGCCAGGAACCCCACCAGGAACCCCGCCAGGAACCCCACCAGGAACCCCGCCAGGAACCCCACCAGGAACCCCGCCAGGAACCCCGCCAGGAACCCCGCCAGGAACCCCACCAGGAACCCCACCAUGAACCCCGCCAGGAACCCCACCAGGAACCCCGCCAGGAACCCCACCAGGAACCCCGCCAGGAACCCCGCGCUACAACACAAAUUACAACAUCGUUUUAAUAACCAUUUUAUUACCCCGUUAUAUAAUUUGCCUCCGUACAAUAAACCGUCAAUUCUAAUCAAAUUCUCCCGACAUAAAAUGCGUAAGUAG